AUGGGUCACGACAUGAGCUCCAUGGGAGGUUCCGCAUCCGGCGGAGCGGAUACCUCGAGCCCUAGCUACGACCCGGAUUCCCCUCCCACCAGCAGCAGCAGCGCAUCUGGCGGAAGCAUGUCGAUGAUGAUGAUGCAGAUGUGGUUCUAUUGGGGUCCGAACGUGGUGAUUCUGUUCGAGAAUUGGAAGACGAGCAACUGGGGGUUCUACCUGCUCGCGUGCUUCCUCGUUGUUGUCUUCUGCGUGCUCCACGAGUACCUCACGUCGUUUCGCUUGAAGCUCUCCGCCACUCGCCGAUGCCGUGUCAAAGACGCCGAGCAAGGUGAUGAUUUCACCAAUGUCGCCAGCAGCAAGAGCGCCUGCCACUGGCGGCCUCUCCUCGAGCAGAAUAUGAGCUUUAUGGGUCCAUCCUUCUCCCUCCACCCUCAUCCCCCUCCCUCGCAGUGA